AUGGACUUUAGUGACAUUGAACCCUCUGAGAUAACAUUUAAGCGAAAGCUUUUCAGUUCAGAAUUCUCAGGAAUAUUCCUUGUUCAUCAUCAUGACAACGGCCUAGUCAAGACUGCAACCCCUGAGCGUGAAACAAACAUUCACAUCUGCGAAUCGACUGCCUACAGACGACUGGUGAAGUACGGCCAUUGCGACUGUGGAAUCAUGUUUCUUAAUGACAAGAAUCCUCCUAGCGCCAUCUUCUUGGAGUACAUUCCUAGAAUGGAAAUGAUCCAUCCGCACAGUUUUACCAAGGAGCGGGGAGAGGUUUUGAACCAUGGCAUCCGAGAGAUGAGCAGAGCAGAGAGCAAGGAAGGGAGGGUUCGCAGAGCGGUUCACAGAGCGUUAGUUCUACAUUGUGACGCCAAACCGAGGGACGUGAUGAUUGUCAGUAAUGACCCGGAAAGAGUGAUCUGGCUAGACUUCGACAGAGCUCAGACCUACCCCACAAAUAGCCUUACUGAAGGGCAACAAGGAUUUAUUGAGGAUGAAGAGCUGAUGGUGUCUCAACUCGCAGAUUCACUACGCACCUCCAAGCACAACCUCCUUGUUUUAUCAAUCUCAGCCGCUCACCAAGCCCUGUUGUUUGGAUAUCUGUCGAAAAUCAUCUUCCAGGAAACGCAGAUCUCCGGACAAGGGGAUGCGGGCGUUCAAAAGAUGAUGUUUCACAUCAAUCAACCGUCGAGGGCCACUCAGCAGGAGAAUGAACUAGCUUUCUCUGUUCAGUCAGCGCACGAGCCAAGCCUCUUCGACAGGAAUGGCGAGGAACUCUAUGACAACUGUAUCUUCUGCUGUCUGGUGAUAUCACCCACUGGCCGGCCAAUCUACAAGUAUGAAUCACUCUUAGAACUGCUCAUGGCGCUUCAUGAUGCAAUAAAGGCGCACCCGUCUCUUUACCCAGACGGGAACAUCCUUCAUUGGGAUAUUUCCAAGAACAAUAUAAUAAUAACUGACCCUGAAAAGGCGGAUGGCCACUCUGGCAUGCUAAUCAAUCUGGACCUUGCCAAAGAAUUUGACAGUGAGCGCAGUGGUGCACAGCACCAGACCAGCAAAUGGAGUUCAUGGCGAUUGAGGUGCUGCUUAAUGUCGACCAUACCUAUCAUCAUGAUCUUGAGUCGUUCUUCCACGUGCUUAUCUGGCAAUGUGCUCAUCACGGUUGGGAAAGCCUAA